AUGUCCUAUGGCAGCAGCGAGUGGCAGGGAUGGGUCCUCAAUGAGGAAAAAGCUUUCCUCCUUCUCGAGCAUGCCUACAAUAAAGGCACUAAUACCUGGGAUACAGCGGAUAUCUAUUCCCACGGUCGUUCCGAAGAGAUUAUUGGGAAGUUUCUGGAACAGAAGAAAAUACCACGCGAUCGCGUUGUCAUUAUGACAAAGUGUUAUUCGGCGUGGACGACCAAGGCCGACAACCGAUAA